AUGUGCAGAGAAUGUGAGGGACCGAAGAUCAAUGCUUGUCCGUUCGACGAUCUUUCCGACGAUCUUCUCUCAUACCUCCUCUCCCGGCUCGGCCCGGACCUCUUUUCGUUUCGCCACGCCCUCGUCUGCAAGCGAUGGCUCCGCGUCGCACGCGUCGCUCAGACCGACAUUCGCGUCGCCAGUCGCAGAGAGAUCUCGAGCGCGUCGCUGCUUCGCGCAUUGUCAGCCAUGCCGAACCUAACGUCCCUGCAGCUAGCGAAUCGCAGCCUUGACGUGGUGAACGAUCAGAUAAUCUCCGGCGUCAAGUUCCUUCCUUCGUCCUUAACUUGUCUGACCCAACUGGAGUUUCUCGACAUCUCAUUGGAUGACCUUCGCAACCUGCCCGAAGAAAUCUCGCAGCUGCCCGCUUUACGCGUCCUACACCUCCAGGCCCCUCACCUCAGGGCUCUGCCCAAAAGCCUGGGCAGACUGAAGAAUCUCAGCGCUCUAGAACUAGUGGAGUGCAAUUCGUUGCCUGCCCUGCCCGACACCUUCGGGCAACUCUCCAACCUUGUUCACUUCAGUGCCACCACCUGCUACAGCUUGACAUCUCUGCCCGAAAACUUUGGUCAGCUGCAAUCUCUCAAGACGCUGGAGCUCGCUCUUCCCUGCCUCACAAGCCUCCCAGAAUCCCUCGGGCAGCUGCCAAAACUCUGGAAUUUAGUCCUCUGCUCCUGUCAUUCCCUCCACUACCUCCCAUCCUCCAUGAGCCGUCUGUCCUCGUUAGAGGGACUUGAGAUAAGCGAAUGUUUUCUCAAUCUUCCUGAUGACAUUGGUUUUCUUCCCAACCUGUGGAGUCUGGAGAUCCACAACUGCGAAAAUCUUACAGAGCUCCCCGUUUCCCUCCCCAAGCUGGACCGCCUGACCGACCUCAUGAUCACAGGCUGCCGGAACCUUUUCAGGCUGCCUGAGGAUUUCGGGGAUUUGCCGGCUUUAGAAAAGUUGGAGCUCUGCAACACGUACCAGCUCUCGCACUUGCCCGACUCGUUCGGGCAGCUGAAAAAUCUCCGGACCUUGAAGCUGCUUGCCUGCAACAGGCUGACCACCCUUCCUCACACAUUCUCCCAACUUUCUUCUCUUGAAAGCCUCAAGCUGAUCAAUUGCGAACUUUUUUCUGCCCUGCCUGAAGAUUUUUCGCAGCUGCCCAACCUUCAAGAGCUGUCCAUCAGCUGGUGCCCUGAGUUUCGGCAGAUCCCGUCUUCCUUCACUCAGCUUUCUUCUUUAACGCAUUUCGCUGUCACCUGCUGCAGAAAUUUCUCAGACCUUCCUGAAGGAGUUGGGCUCAUGUCAAAUUUGAAGUCGUUUGAGUUGACGGGAUGUGACCGGCUUACACGACUACCCCCGUCUUUAGCUUUGCUCUGUGAGAUAGAGAGGUUGGAGAUAAGUGGGUGUUCAAACAUAGUAGAUGCACCGCUUUUUUUAUGCCAUCUUAUAGGUUGA